AUGGGACUCCCAUCAGUUCAAAAAGCCAUCGUCGUCAUAGGACCACGGGAAGCUAAGCUCAUUAGCGACCGGCCAAUCCCAGCUCUCCGGGAACAUCAUAUUCUUGUCAGAACCGUAUGUGUUGCUUUGAACCCUGCGGAUUGGAAACACAUCGACCACCUCUCAGCCCCGGGUGCCAUACCCGGCUGCGACUACUCCGGUAUCGUCGAAGAAAUCGGCAAAGGCGUAACUCGCUUUACCAAGGGUGACCAUAUCUGUGGCGUCGUCCAUGGAGGUAACGCUCUUCAUCUCGAAGACGGCGCCUAUGCCGAAUACAUCGUUGUGAAAGAGAACCUCCAGAUCCACAUCCCCAAGCAUCUCAGCUUUCAACAAGCUGCUACCCUCGGUGUGGGUAUAACUACUGUUGGUCUAUCUCUAUAUCAUAACAUGAAGUUGGAACUUCCCACCGAUACCAUUGUGCAUCCCGUUUCAAUCCUCAUUUACGGUGGCUCGACUGCUACUGGGUCAUUGGCGAUCCAAUUCGCUAAACUUUCUGGAUAUCUCGUUUUUACUUCUUGCUCACCACACAAUUUUGAUUUCGUGAAAAGCCUUGGAGCUGAUAUGGUUUGUGAUUAUAGGGAUCCUAGAGCUGCGGAGGAGAUUCGGAAACUCACUGGUGAUAAGUUGAAGAUUGUUCUUGAUACUAUUUCGCUCGAGUCUAGUGCCAAAUUCUGUGCUGAGGCGAUGUCAACAGAGGGAGGCGUCUAUACUUCUCUUUUGCCGGUUACGGCGCCUCGCAGUGAUAUUAAGUCCGACUUGGUCCUGGGAUAUACUGCUUUUGGGGAGCCUUUUGUAUUUGGCCCACAGUCGUUUGAUGCGGUCCCCGAGGAUGAAGCCUUCUCUGCGUGGUGGUGGCUACUUGCUGAGAAGUACUUGGUGGAUGGCAAGAUCAAAGUACACCCUGUGUCAGUGCGUGAUGGUGGUUUAGAGGGUGUGUUGGAGGGGUUGGACCUUAUGAGGAAGGAUCAGGUUAGCGGUCAGAAGUUGGUUUACAAUGUUUCUGAGGCACCCUGA